GACACUUUUCAAAAUUUAAUUAAGGUUCGUUUGGAUGCGGGUAGUCAACCUCAUGCCGAGGAGGGUCAUAAGAGUGAUAGUGGUGCUCCGGUUUACCUUCCCCAUUUUGAUAGAUUUGGCAUCAGAAUACUUGAUGUUAGACCAGUGGUAGAUAGGAUUAUUCGUGACAGUAGGAGUACUGGUGGUCAAUUAGAAUUAAUUGGCGAAAACAUUGCUUAG